AUGAAUGGGCAGCUCUCCUCCAUGGAUACCCACUUCCUCACCAAGCGAAGCAGCAUCAGCAUCUCGGCUUCUACCGUCGCCAAGUAUUUACUUGAUCUUGCCAAUUCCAAUGAAUCACUUCCAGAUAUACAGUACAAAGGUGAUGCUAGCACCGAAGGCAUGGAUGAUGAACAUGAAAGAGACAUGCACACCGUCGCAGAUACACUAAAUUGUUACUCAAGAGACCUGCAGUUUAUCGCAGUAGAAUCCGUUCUGAGGGAUUUAAGGGCUCAGAGGAUCAUUGAGCACGAUGAAUACUUCAUUAAUUUCAAGAAAAGUAAGAAGGAAAAGUUGAUGUUUCUCCUGGAAACCCUACCUCUCAGGGGAUACACUGCAUUUCGAGGAUUCAUUGAGGCUCUCCAUCGUCAUUACUCCUUCGACCUAGCAAAAAAACUGGAGCAAGAAUACAAGAACCGACUCAAGCACGAAGAUGAUGAACCUCCACACGAGUCGAAUUCCAGUGGAACAAGUGCAACCAACGAAAUGAUUUCUGCUCCCGAGAACGUGCCAACAAAUGAUACUGGGAGUAUAUCUACAUCGUAA